CCUUUCUCUCCUCCUCAAACCUGGUGCAGGUCCUACCAGCUAAGCAAAGGGUAAAGUUACACACAGGUCCCCAGUGAAGGUCCCAGUGGCCCCCAUGUCAGAUUCCCCAGUUCUGGACUUCAGUUUCAUGUAGAGGAAAAAUAGGCGAGCAGCAGGCUUGGUUCCAGUGCUGGCUGGCCAUUGUGCCACGUGUUCACAGUCUGUCUCAGGCUGGCACUAAGCAGUGUCAUGCGUCUGGGCUGGGUGGGAGAUUAAUUCUUGGGGGCAUUUCAGGGCUAAGAAGAGAAAGGAAUGACAGACCAAAUAUGGCCAGCAGAGGAGGGUGGCUGCCAUCCUUGACAGUUCCACCCCCUGGGAGGUGAAAGCAGGAAUAGUGAGGAACCCAGACUGAGAAAGACAGCCCAGGAGGGUGCCUGUGCAGAUCUGGCCUCUGCCAAGCCCAGCUUCAGCCCUAUGAGCUCCAGCCUCCCUGGCUCCUCCUUUGCAUCCCUCCUCCACCCCAUUCUGCAUACAUUUAACAGUCCUGGUGCCUGAGUCCACCCACUGCAGACUUCAGCCUUUGCCACAGCUAGUGUAGGAGCCCAGGAAGACCGGAAGCAAAGCCAAAGAAGCAGCUCCACAAGUCAUAACAUCAGCCUGCUUUCCCCAAAGGAGCCUAGGCUGCCACCUGCAGGUCUUUUGGGUCCAGCCAUGUGGCUGCCUGUGCUGCUGGGAGCCUUGCUUUGGGCAGGGCUGUGGUUGCUCAGAGACCGGCAGACACUGCCGGCCAGCGAUCCCUUCGUCUUUAUCACCGGCUGUGACUCAGGCUUCGGGCGCCUUCUGGCACUGCGGCUUGACCAGAGGGGCUUCCGAGUCCUGGCCAGCUGCCUGACCCCAUCCGGGGCAAAGGAACUACAGCAGAUGGCCUCGUCUCGCCUCCACACCACCCUGCUAGACAUCACUGAUCCCGAGAGUGUCCAGCAGGCAGCCAAGUGGGUGGAGACACACGUUCAGAGUGCGGGGCUUUUUGGUCUGGUGAAUAAUGCUGGUGUGGCAGGCAUCAUCGGGCCCACGCCCUGGCUGACACAGGAAGACUUCCAUCAGGUGCUGAAUGUGAAUACCCUGGGCCCCAUCAGGGUCACCCUUGCCCUGCUGCCCUUGCUGCAGCAGGCCCGGGGCCGAGUGGUCAACAUCACCAGCGUCCUGGGUCGCCUUGCAGCCAAUGGUGGGGGCUACUGUGUCUCCAAGUUCGGCCUGGAGGCCUUCUCUGACAGCCUAAGGCGGGAUGUGGCUCCUUUCGGGGUACGAGUCUCCAUCGUGGAGCCUGGCUUCUUCCGCACCCCGGUGACCAGCCUGGAGAGUCUGGAGAACACCCUGCAGGCCUGCUGGGCACGGCUAUCUCCAGCCACACGGGCCCUCUAUGGGGACACCUUCCUCUCUGCCUACCUCAGAGUACAGCGGCACGUUCUGAACAUGAUCUGUGACUCGGACCUAACCAAAGUGAGCCAGUGCCUGGAGCACGCGCUGACCGCACGCCACCCCCGAACCCGCUACAGCCCAGGCUGGGAUGCCAAGCUGCUCUGGCUGCCUGCCUCGUACCUGCCAGCCAGCCUCGUGGAUGCCGUACUCACCUGGCUCCUUCCUAAGCCAGCCCAGUCAGUGCACUGAGCUGAUCUCUCCAGCAAGAUUGCUCUUCCAAAAGCAAGGAUUUUUUACUUCUGUCUCUACCCUGGUACUGCCUGCCACAUCGCACAAAACAGGCAUUCAAAAUAAAUGUAU